AUGGAAAACUUCAAAGGUGCGCUAUUCAAAAACAUCAUCACGCCCGCAAGAUCUCUCCUCCCAACCCCAUCAACUAACCUCCACUUCCCGGAACCUGCAACAGACCUCCUCAACCACCCAGUAACAACCUACCUAAAAUCCAGCACAAGCACCGCCCUCACAACCCACCUCGCAACCAUCCGCUCAACAAUAAUAGACCCCUACAUCAUCUCGCCGCUCUCAAAUAUCCUGAUGUCAACAACGGGCACAACAGACCUAUUCACAAUCUUCAUCCUCCUCGCCAUAUUAUACGUCUCCCUCCGCUUGCUGGACUACGCUCGCCGCGUGAUAAUGUGGUGGGUGGUCUUUGCGCUGCGGCUGGUGUUCUGGGGCUCGAUUGCGCUUUCCGUACUUUAUGUUUACCAGGUUGGCUUUGAGAAGGCGGGGCGGGAUUUGGGAUGGGUGUUUGGCGUUGUGGAGGGGUUUGUGGAGGAUUUUCAGGCUAGGGCUGCGGCGUCGGCGGAGGGUGGGAAAGGGCAGGCUACUGGUGGGUAUCGUGAUGUGCCCGGGUGGAAUGGGAAGGGGAAGACCUCUUCUGGGGGUGGGCGGGGUUGGUGGAAGUGA